GUAUCUCUCUUCCCUGUAGAUUUGUCUCCAACAUGGUUGUCCACUUGAUCUCUCUCCUCACGCAAACCCUAGCCCUAAUCAUUCUCUCUCUGCCCUCUAUCAUCAACACUUCCCAAUUGGAUUUCGAUACUCUAGUUUUCAAACAGUGCGAUUCAUUGGCCCCAAACAUCUUCCAAAAAACAACACCAAAUUACUCGAAUAAUAGUCUCUUUCUUCGUGCACAAACCCUUUCUUCUUUCUUACGCAAACUCGAAUCCGAAUCCUCUUGGUCUAAGUUCUUUAAGACUCUAGUUGGUAACGAAGUACACGCCGUCUCAGGAUGGUUCCAAUGCAGAGAAGAUUAUCCGAGUGGGAUAUGCCAUAAAUGUGUUGGUGCUCUUCGUGAGAUUUCGUCUAGAUUGUGUGGAAAUGCCACGUCAGCUCGUAUUCAUCUUCGAGGAUGUCACUUGAUAUACAAAUUCGAACGUAUUGAUACCCCUGGCGCUCAAGAAAUUAAUAAUCAUCACAACUACAAGUUAUUUGAGACCGUGCACGGUCUCAUCCACAAGAUAUGCGAGGGAGCUACCGCGGAGACUUUAGCCGGCUUCGAAGAGAUGAGGGCAGAGGCACUCACUGCAGCCGAAACAGGAGUCGUUGACGGGCACGGAUUCUAUGAGGAUAGCUACAAGCUCCUCCACGUUUUGGCUCAAUGUGACGGCCACGUUGAAGCUUGCGAUUGCGGAGAGUGCAUAAGUUCCGCCGCGGCGGCUGCGGCAGAAGAGUGCCGGUGGUCUAUAGCCGGUCAAAUAUACUUAGAAGGGUGCCACGUCAGUUAUACAUAUCACCCGCAUGAACUUCCCGAUGAUUCAUACCACGAAGAAGGUUCAAAAGUAAACACGGGGAAGUCGUUGGCGAUAGUUGUAGGAGGAGUAGCGGCAUUAGUCUUUGUUGCUAUCUUUUUUAUGUUCCUAAAAAGCUUGCGUAAAAAAGGAGAUGGUUCUGUUGAAAUUGAUCUCGAUAUGCAACAACCGAUGCUCCCCAAUAAAGACGAGAAGGUACGCAAAGCUUUAGAGAAAACAAGGGAAUUGGGUAUUGCCGAUGAAAAGACAAUGCCAGUGCUUACGAAGCUCCUAGAAGAGGCUGAUGGGAAUUGGUCAUUAAUAAAACUGGAUAACUAUUCUGCACUUGUUGACGCUAUUCUUUCUGUUGAGGAAGAGAAGAAGCAAUGUGAAGGUUCAUCUAAUGGCAAUAGAGGGAAAAAUCUUAAGGUCAUUGGCUCUCCUGCUACUCUCAAAAAAACUUACGAAACCCGUUCUGCAUCCUCAGGUUCGACCAUUCAGGUAGUCCAGAAGCAGCCACAGCUUAGCAAUGGUGAUCGCAAGAGGAAAUAUAAAAGCAAAAUUUCUGACAUAACUAAAGGUUCAGAGAGCGUUAAAAUAUCUCUUGUAGAUGAUGUUGGGAGUGAAGCUGUGCCGAAGUUUACUUACAUCCCUCACAACAUUGUAUACCAAAGUGCUUAUCUCCACGUGUCUCUGGCUCGAAUUUCUGAUGAAGAUUGCUGCGCGAACUGCAAAGGGAACUGUCUUUCAGCUGACGUUCCUUGCACUUGUGCUCGUGAAACCAGUGGAGAAUAUGCUUAUACCAAAGAAGGGUUGCUAAAGGAGAAGUUUCUGGACACCUGUCUUAAGAUGAAAAAGGAACCAGAUACGUUCCCUAAAGUUUACUGCAAAGACUGCCCUUUGGAGAAAGAUCACGAUAAGGGCACAUAUGGAAAAUGUGAUGGACACUUAAUCCGGAAGUUCAUCAAGGAAUGCUGGAGAAAGUGUGGAUGUGAUAUGCAGUGUGGAAAUCGAGUAGUACAGAGAGGGAUAAGGUGCGAACUGCAGGUUUACUUUACUGAAGAAGGGAAAGGAUGGGGUCUUAGAACACUGCAAGACUUGCCGAAAGGAACCUUUAUCUGUGAAUACAUUGGUGAAGUAUUGACCAACACGGAGUUAUACGACCGGAAUGUAAGGUCUAGUAGUGAACGGCAUACAUAUCCUGUAACUCUGGAUGCAGACUGGGGUUCUGAAAAGGAUCUAAAAGAUGAAGAAGCUCUCUGCCUGGAUGCCACAAUCUGUGGAAAUGUCGCAAGGUUUAUCAAUCACAGAUGCGAGGAUGCAAACAUGAUUGAUAUUCCGGUAGAAAUAGAGACGCCUGACAGACAUUAUUAUCAUAUUGCCUUUUUUACCCUACGGGACGUGAAGGCCAUGGAUGAGUUGACAUGGGUAAGCACCAUGAUUAAGCUACCUUGGUUUCACCUACUCUGUAUUGACCACAUAGUUACAAAUACUCACAUGGCUAAAGAAGUUUUGCGCUCUUAGUCUUAACUGUGGAUAUUGCACUAAAGCUAUAAGAUUAGAGCAUUCUGAUGAUUUUGCCAUUCUAGAUAUCUGGUGUGUUUGUAGAUGACUCCAGGAACCAAACACGUGUUUCUACUGUUCCCAUAACGUUAUUCACUCUUGAGUUGUACACAUACUCACUUCAAAUAACCUGUGUUUUUAAUC